UUAACCGGAUCCUCCUCUUCUUCCUCCUCCUCCCCCAUUAAUUCCAAUCAAUCCGUUUCACUACGACCAAAGCCACCAUGGGCGGCUGCCACCGCCACGAUGGCUGCUACGAAAACCUCCGCCACAAUUUGUACUCCAUCCUCUGCUGCGGCUACCACGACGAUGAUUACUGUUGCGACUCCUGCGAGAAGCGCCACCGCAGGCUGAUCAUCGCGGCGAGGAUCGUCAUUGGCAUUCUUUUCCUGGUCAGCCUCACUAUCCUCAUCGUCUGGCUGGUGCUGCGCCCCACCAAACCCACCUUCUACCUCCGCGACGCCACCGUCUCCCAGUUCAACCUCUCCCUCCCCGACAACCUCCUCAACGCCGUCGUGCAGGUCACCGUCGCAUCCCAUAACUCUAACGGCCGGAUCGGCGUCUACUACGACCGCCUCGACGUCUCCGCCACCUACCAGGACCAGCAAAUUACGGCGGCUUCCGCUAUCCUGCCCUUCUACCAAGGCCACGAAGACAUCAACGUCUGGUCACCGUGCCUCUCCGGUACCUCAGUGCCUGUGGCUCCGUACCUCUGCAGAGCCCUGCAGCAGGACGAGGCCGCCGGCAUCCUCCUGCUCUACUUGAAGAUGGACGGCUCCAUUCGAUGGAAGGUCGGAUCCUGGACCUCCGGCCACUACUGCCUCGAGGUCUCCUGCCCUGCCUUCUUCUCCUUCACCAGCUCCUCCGCCGGCGUCCCCGUUCUCCAGUCCCUCCACGGCACUUCUUGCAGCACAAGUGUUUGAUGGGUGAAUUAAUGCCAAUCCCGAUGCAAUUUAAUAUCGUUAAUGAAAAUUAGAUUAAAACGUAAAAAAAAAAAGAGUAAGUUUCUGUCGUGAGAAAGCAAUGGUAGAGAGAUUUUAAAAAAUAAACUUGUAUCUUAUUUGAGGAUUCUUCGAGAAUACCAUUUAUAAAAGAUUAUAGUUCACGAUCAAUUGAUAGAGUCAAUUAACAUAUUAAUAAAAGCUCAGUCAAUUAACAUAAA